GUUAUGGAGUCGUUCCCACGUGUGUAGAACGCAAUUUUAAAUCAUCUCUGAAAGAUUCUCUUUUAUGAAGUUGAACAGUUUUGUGAAUUGCUUACAAUGCCGUCCCCUAAGUUGAAAGAAUUAUUUGAAGCUGAGUUUUCCUUAAAGUCCUUUUAUACAGGAGGAGAUGUGGUGUGGUCAAAGGAUGGUGCAACAUUCCUGUGUCAUUGCGGAGGAUCUGUACAGUUCUUAGAUGUUGAAAGUGGAAAAGUGAAUGGCAUUAUUGGUGAUGAAGAAGUUCCCGCAGAGGAUAAUGCUGAUGUUGACUUGAUAUUGACGUUUACUUUAAGUCCUGAUAAUGAACAAAUUGUAUCUGCUCACAAAAGUGGGCUUUUCAAGCUGUGGAACUAUGAAGAUAAAACUAUGGUCAAACAUUGGCGAAGUGUACAUAAAGGACCGGUCGCAAAACUUGCUAUAACUAAUGAUGGGUUGAUUUUGGCUAGUGGAGGAUCAGAUUCCAGUGUACGCCUUUGGGACAUGAAGUAUCAUGCAUGCACCAAAAACCUGACUGGAAUAAAAGGUGUUUGUAGUGUUUUGAAAUUUCUGGAGAAAGGAAACUCUAUACUUUUGUUUGGUUCUGGUGAUGAUGCAAUUAUUAAAGCCUGGGAUAUUGAAAGUGGUGUAGAAAAACUUUCCCUAACCGGCCAUUACAGUACAGUUACUGAUAUCGUAUUUUCAAAUACACAUCGCCAUGUUGUAAGUUGUAGCAGAGAUAAAGUAAUCAUAUUAUGGAACAUUAAAAGUGGCGAACAGCUGAAAGUGAUACCAACAUAUGAAAGUCUGGAAUCUCUUGUUAUUCUUCCCGACAGUAUAACUCUUCCAGAUGCUGAUAUCAAGUACCAGGAUGGUAUUUACGUUGCUACGGGAGGUGAUAGAGGUGUGAUAAGAGUUUGGGAUGUGCUAAAUCCAAAAGAGCUUUAUAUCCAGAGCAACAGCUUGGUGAAGAAGAGCGAAGAAGGUGGCUUGGCUCUACGUAAACUUCUCUUUUCCACAGCUGCUUCAUCAUUUGCCCUCGUUUCUUACGAUCACAACAUUUUCGUGCAUUCUAUCGACACUUUUGUUUGCACAAAUCAGUUUGUAGGAUAUUCAGACGAAGUUCUUGAUUUGGCCUACAUUGGUGAAGAUGAGACACAUAUUGCGGUGGCUACUAAUAGCCCUGAUAUUAAAUUAUAUACGCUGUCUUCUAUGAGCUGUUCACUCAUUACUGGUCACACGGGGUUUGUAGUAACUCUAGCUGUUGCUCCCCAGAAGCCUAAUAUUUUCGCUUCAGCAUCAAAAGAUAAUUCUGUUAGAAUUUGGGCUCUUUGUGGUAAGGCUGGUGCCACAUGCAUCGCCUCUGGCAUGUUUCAUAAUGCUUCAGCUUGUGGGCUUGCGUUUUCUCAAGGGUCAGUCUCAUUCCUACUUUCAGGGGCGGAGGACAAUAUUCUGAAAUUAUGGAAGUUACCAAAGAAUUUAGAAGAACAUGAUGGUUCCAGUUUGAUGAUGAAAGCCUCGUGUAUGGCACAUGAUAAAGAUGUCAAUGCCAUUGCUGUCUCACCUAAUGACAAAAUGGUUGCCACGGCUUCUCUGGAUAAAACUGCAAAGUUGUGGAAUGCCAAAGAUCUAGCUCCUCUGGGUACUCUUCGGGGCCACAGGAGAGGUGUCUGGUCAUUAGUUUUCUCGCCGGUUGAUCAAGUUGUCAUGACAUGUUCAGCUGAUACAACAAUUAAGAUUUGGAGCCUGGGAGACCUGUCUUGCUUAAAGACAUUGGAAGGACAUGAGUCUUCCGUCAUGAAAUGUGCAUUCUUGUCAAGAGGACUUCAGGUUGUCAGUGCCAGUGGUGACGGUCUCAUUAAACUCUGGACAGUUAAAACGAGCGAAUGUGUUGCUUCGUUAGAUGCCCACAUAGGAAAGAUUUGGGCAUUGGCAGUGAGCAAGGAUGCAUGCCGCUUAGUGACGGGUUGUUCCGCUUCUAAAAUAGUCUUCUGGAAGGAUGUGACUGAAGAAAAGCAGCUUGAAGAAGCCAAGAGGAGACAGGAGAAUGCAUUGAAAGAACAGGAACUGUUCAACCUCAUGGAAUCAGAAGACUUCCUCUCAGCUCUGAAAUUGGCUCUGACGCUCGACAGACCUGCUACUGUGUUGAAUAUCAUAAAAUCUGUGAUGAAACGUGGCAAUGAAGGUCUUUCCCAAACCAUUUUACUUUUGGAUCAGGAAGAAAAACAGACCAUAUUGAAAUGUGCUUCACAUUGGAAUAUGAACAGUAAAACAUCUUAUGCUGCUCAGUAUUUGGUGUCUGUGCUGUUGGAUGAGAUAGCUUUGGGAAAACUUAAGCCUCCGACUUCAUUGAUUGAAUCUAUGAUACCUUACACAGAGAAGCAUUUCAACAGACUAACUCAGCUUAUGCAGGAUUUGUAUUUGUUAGCCUAUACAAAAACAGUUAUGAAGCCUGCUUUAGCUGAUACAUAAUGUUAUUUAUAAUGUAUAACUGUAAAUAAUAAUGUAUAUAUUGUAUAUAAUUUAUAUUAUUCUUAAUAAAGAUUUUUAGUCAAGCCAG